AUGUCUGUCGACGCGGUCUUGGAAGUGGGAUACAAACUGCUGGACAGGGGGGUUAUCCCGGACUUUGUGAUUCGACCUGUGAUACGAGCACUGUUAAGGCAGAGACUGCGCGAGAUUAAUUACGGAUCGUUUGAAGCCAACCAUGCAGCAAAAAUGAAAUGGAUAGAAGAGGUGAAAGCCUUGGACACCAUCGCUGUCCUGACCGAGAAAGCAAAUGAGCAACACUACGAGGUGUCUACUAGUUUUAUUAUGUCGUGUCUGGGACCGUACGCAAAGUACUCUUCCUGCCUCUAUCCCACCGGCAAAGAAACGCUAGAGGAAGCGGAAGUUUUGAUGCUAGAAAGUUAUUGUGAGAAAGCAAAACUAAAAGAUGGACAGGACGUCCUCGAUCUUGGCUGUGGAUGGGGCAGUUUAUCACUGUACCUUGCUCAGAAAUACCCGAAGUCGCGCAUAGUCGGUUUGUCCAAUUCAAGUACCCAAAAGGCGCAUAUCGACUCCAGCGCGAAGUCUCGCGGCCUCUCCAAUGUGGAGAUUAUCACAGGCGACGUUAAUCAUUUCGACUUCGGAGGCUCGAGACAUUUCGAUCGCAUAUUAUCCAUCGAAAUGUUUGAGCACAUGAAGAACUAUCAAGCCCUCUUGCGCAAGGUGUCCACCUGGCUCCGGCCUAAGUCAAGCAGCGACAGUGACAGUAGUGCGACGCACUCCGUCAAUGAUGCUAACGAAGCGUUGCUUUUCGUGCAUAUAUUCUGCCACAAGAACAUGCCGUACCAUUUUGAAGAGGGCGACGGGUGGAUGGCGCAAACCUUUUUCUCUGGUGGAACUAUGCCAUCCCACGACAUGCUACUAUACUUCCAGGACGACGUGACCCUGGUCCGCAGCUGGUACCUCUCCGGCGAGAACUACUCCAGAACGCUGGAGGACUGGCUGGCACGCCAGGACAAAAAUGCCGAGCAAGGCCUGGCGGAACUCGAGAAGGAUGCCGUCGCGAAAGGGUUCAGUAAAGAAGACGCCAGGAAGACGUUCAAUAGGUUCCGGGUGUUCUACAUGGCAUGCUCAGAGCUUUUCGCCUUCAAUGGUGGUCAGGAAUGGGGCGUCGGGCACUACCUAUACAAGAGGAAACAGUAGCAAUGGAGGUUGCCCUAAAUUAUCUUGGUAUACUCGGAACGCUCGAGAUGUAGAGCACGAAACCCGAUGAUAAAUAUAUGUCUGUGAGAUACAGGAGACCUUGUGGGGAUAGCUAACUAACUAGAGGCAAAAUGCAAUGUGAUAUUAUGAAUACAAUUUAACGACGGCAGCACGACCUAUAAUCCACUCCAGAGUCCCUAUUAUUCCCCCAAUCCAGCCCACGCAACGACUGAUUCGUGGAGCAAGCGCUACUGCUUGCUCCGUUCAUAUGCUUCCAGGAUCUUCAUCAACUCCUGCUGCGCCGCGUCUACCCGCCGCUUGGUCCUCUCCAGGCUCUUCAGGUCAGGCAACUCGUCAUCCGAGAGACUAAUCGUGGAUACCCCCUCCUCGUCCAUCUGGUCUAUCUUUCUCUUCAGCUUGCGCUUAGUGUCUGCGAGCUCGUUCUGGGCCAUGGAACACUCUAUCCACACGUCCAUAUACCGGUCGCGCAUGCCUGGGCGAUCCUUCGGGGUCGGGUGCGAGUCGAUGCUCGUGGGGGGCGAAGAGGCCUCCCGCCCCCGUUUGCGCGAUGGCGUGGAGUCUUCCUCGUCGUCGGACGAGGUGUAGAUCGGGGAGCGGCGGCGAGACCUUUGCCUGCUCAGUCCGUCGGGGUGCGCCGACCUAGAGUCGCUGCGCGAUACGGAGGGACUGUGUUCCUCGCGCUUGACCCUCUUGACAGGCCGCGGCGAGGUGUCGC